ACCAAUAAUUGACAAUUGACAACUGGCUCUGGCUUUUUUGAGAUCGUUAUACUUUUAUUAUUUUAAGUAACCAUUUGACUGGAAUUUAACAAAUUUGGUUUUCUGUUAAAUUAAUUAAUCAUAUAGUCAUGAAAAAUGAUUGCGUCACGUAUGAAGGCCUUAUUUAUAUUUUUUGUUGUUGCACCGUCUGUUACACCCAGGAUACACAAGCUGUCUCUUUCGGAUGAUGAGCGUCAUUAUGUAGAUCUUACUACCUUUGGUUUCUACCAAGGAGGCAUUUUAGAUGUUCAAAUGGUAAACUUUCGAUUACCAUCUGGACCAAUUUAUGGCGAGUAUGGAUUUACCUUGGACCGCACAGCAAGUGAUGCUAUCAACCCUUAUUUGGAAGUUCAUUCGGACACAUGUAUAUUAAAAGGUGUUGAGAGUAGCAGUACCUUGUUAUCACCACAUCAUCCGGCGAUUGUCUUUUUGAAAAUGGAUUUUGAUAACCUUAGGUUGAACAUAACUUGCGAAGGCGAAGUUGUUGCUCUGCAUCUUUACCCAAAUCGAUCUAUGAUACCUAUCGACAGGACAAAGAGACAAUCGCAAUAUAUGUUUGUGAAUAGGCGGCGAAGAUCACUCGAUGAUGAGUUGGAUGUGAAAGUUCUUGGUCCACAAUGCUCGCAUGCUGUCCUACCCAUAACAAAAGAGACACGCGACGGUUACGACUAUUACAAUACAAGUUUUGCAAUGUAUGUGGCAUCUGAUAAAGAAGAAGGUCUAUACAAUUUAUAUUUCCACAACUGUCCUCGAGAAGAUACCGGUGUUGCUACACCUAUUAAUGUUAUGAUUGAAAUAUAUGAAAGCAACGAUGGAAACUUCUUAUCAGCUGGCGAAAUGCCGCUUCCAGCUCUAUACAGCAUGAUGUCACUAAUAUUCUUCCUAAGUGCUGGCUUCUGGACAUUCAUACUAAAAACUAGCAGGAACAAAGUCUACCGUAUACAUAUCAUUAUGUGUGUGCUUGUGUAUUUGAAAGCUAUAUCCCUGGCAUUCCAUGGAAUAAACUAUCAUUUCAUACAAACAAGGGGAGAGCAUGUCACCGCAUGGGCCAUACUCUUCUAUAUAACACAUCUGUUGAAGGGCGCUGUUCUGUUUGUGACUAUAGUACUGGUGGGCACCGGAUGGAACUUCAUAAAGCACAUCCUCGCCGACAGAGAUAAGAAGAUAUUCAUGAUAGUCAUACCGCUGCAGGUGGUGUCGAAUGUUGCUGAGAUCAUCAUAGCCGAGAGUGAGAAGGGAGCAGCUGAACACAACGCCUGGCGCAUACUCUUCAUAUUCGUGGACAUGUUAUGCUGCGGCGCCAUCAUGUUUCCGGUUGUUUGGUCAAUUCACCACCUAGAGGAUUCAUCGACCACCGACGGCAAAGCCGCUGUCAAUCUCCGCAAAUUAAAACUGUUCCGUCACUUCUAUGUCAUGAUACUCUGUUACAUAUACUUCACGAGAUUCAUCGUAUCUAUUUUGGAGAACACAGUACCAUUCCAAUAUUCGUGGAUAGAUGAGAUGUUCCGAGAGAUGGCUACCUUCGUGUUCUUCGUCACCACCGGAUACAAGUUCAGACCGGCCGCUGCCAAUCCUUACUUCACGCCAACAAAUCUAGAUGACAUUGAGCCUAAAGUUUACUGGAUCUCGCCAGGAUUGUCUGAUAUCGGAGUUCUCGACGGUUUGACGAAUAGGGAGAAAAAGAGAGAAGACAUGCAACCGCUGAUGCAAGAAACUAAUUCGGAUUGAAACAGCUCAAAAGCAAACUAUAUUGAUGUAUUAUAUAUAUGUUGUAAUGUGUAAAGAGCAAUUUAUAAAUAUCGCUGUUCUAAAGAGUCCCGUUUGUGGAUGACGUUAUAAUGGACUCAUAUCAAAAUAUGUAUUGUAGAGGAGUGAUACAAUACAGUACUCUGUAUCUUACUAGAUAUAUAUAUAAAUAAUUUCAAUAAUAGAAAAUACAGAUUAUAAAUGAAAAAUUAGGACGAGAGAAAUAGAGCAUAAAUAAAGACACAUUUAUAUCACAAACGGUUGUCAGUGAUGAACAAUAGACAAUUGCAAAAUAUCAAUUUAAUUUUUUUAUCAAAAUUUUGACCUGAAGGUUAUAGUUAUAGCUUCCUUUUUUUCGAAACGAUAACAACGGCACCAUUUGGUGGCUUUGCAAAAACAAUGAAAUGUAUGAUUUGCAUAUUUCAUUUUUUAGUAUCAUUUAAAGUAUUAUUGAAAUUCGACUAACAAAAAUAUUUCGUAGCAAAUAAUAUUGUAAUAGUAGUGACUGGUAUGUAUUUUGAGUGACGCAUGAAAACGAAGUCAUUAUAAAUAGAUAAAAUUUCCUUCAUGUACCUAAUGAUUUUUAAAAGAAAAAAAAGUUAUGAAUAUAGAUUUAGAAAAAAUUUUUUUUUUAUAGUUCUUAUAUUUCUAUAUAUUUCGCUCUAUUGAAUAUCUCAAUUUAAAAACUAAAAAAAAAAAUCCUCCCUUGUAGUAAUAAACUUACUUAAUUUUUUUUUUAUUCUUACACUUCUCUACUCUAUGUACUUAGACACUAUAUAAAAAUUACAUAAUAUAAUAUCCACGUUAUAAAAUAUAUAUUUUUAGACAUAGAUUAUAUAAUGAAAUGGUCCAAGGCAGUAGUUUUAGCCCAGAAGCCGACAUAAUAUUCUGAUUUUGUUUUAUUAAUUAUAUAUAUUUUUUAUUAUUUUUAUAUGGUCUGUGGAUUUCGUUUAAUAGACGUUGUUCUUUGAUCAAGUUGUUUUUCUUGUAAUGUAAUUUUUGAUAUUGUUUUUGUGGUCGUAAUCGGUUAAUUAUUAAUUUUUUUAUCUUUUUUUGACGUACGCUCCGUCCUACGUAAAAUUUUUUGCUUUAUUUUUUUUUUCAUUUCGUUUGUGAUUAAAUAUAAGUUUACAAUAAAAGUGUAUUUUACUAUAGUAAUAUUAUUAGGUAAAUGGAUAGUGUAGUCGAUAAGUUGGGUUGUUUAUUGUCAGUCAUUGGUAUACAAUACGUUAAGAUUUAAAAAAAAAAAAAAUUUAAUACUGUAGACUCUUCAUAACGACUCUCAAACGUUCUUGCAUUUUCAUUAAUUACAUAGAGUUUUUCUUAUACGGUUUGAAUUAAAAUACCAUGGAUUCUUAUAAUAUAUCUACAAUACUUUUAAUUUUCUAAUUAUAUUAUGUGGAACACCAUGUUACUUGUUACGUCAAUAUCAAAUUUUCUUUAAAAAUCUAUACAUUUCUUGGGAUUUUCUGUAAAAAAUAUGAUUUGAUUUCGAUGAUUGUUUGUUGCCAUCAAGUCAUGUGUUCGUUGAACAGUUGGUGAUAGUGCGUACUCCGCUUUACCAUCACUUGAUUUUUGACUUUGUAACACUGUAUUUUUGAGAGCAAGUUCUGUUCUGUGUUUUAGUAUUUUGGAAAUUGAUGCUAUAACAAUUCAGUAGCUUAGUGAUAUGUUUAAUCAUUUCACUUAUUGUCUGUCUGUCUGUCUGUCUGCUACAUAUUAUGGUUAUUAAAGAUAGCAUCAUUUUGUUGUAAUCUUUGGUAUAUUUAUCAGAGAUAUAUUCACUAUUCUGGCAUCAAUAAAAAAAAUAUCAAAUUUUAUAUAUAAUUAGUUUUUCGUUAUAAAGAGUUUUCAAGUCAUUUAAAAACUUUUUUCUGUAUUCUAAUUUAUAGAGAGUAUAUGAUAUGUUACUAUCGAUUAGAAGUUGGUACAUUAAAAUGAUAACUACAAUAAUGAUUACAUCUUUUCAAUUAUAUUCAACUAUUACUCUAACAUUCCGUGAAAUGAGGAAAAUUAUCGCAUUUCAAUAUAUGUAUUUUGUUUUGUUCAUGAAUAUGAAAUUACCAUAUCUUAGGAUUAUGUACUGUCAAUUAGAAAUGCCAUUGGCAGUAUAUCUUGGAGAGGAUUAUCGAUUUUAUUAAUUCAGAAGAGGCUAUCAAUACUGACUAAUAAGUUACUUUUUUUUUAAUAUGUUGUUUUUCUCUUAAUAAUUCUUAUCUUUCAUAUAAACAGUUAGUCUGUUAGAUAGUAGACGUACCUUCGAAAAUUUCUAUAUUGAAUAACACAAUAAAGUAUUGAAAAUAUGCAAUAAUUUUUAAAUUUAUCAUAAAGUAAUAAUAAGUAUCAAAGAUUUUAUAGAAUUUAUAAUUUUAGUGUUUAGUAAAAAAAAAUUUCGCACCUCACACCUUAUUUAACGUGCAUUACAUUAGUUGUACUAAUCAGAUAACAAAUUACAUUACAUUAUGUCUAUGUAGUCAACUGUUUUUCAAUAAAAAUUUAAUAUCUCUGGUAAUUAUUAAAGGUUAAUUUUAAAUCUAAUAGUCUUAUCUAAUUUAGUGCGUCAAUACAUUGUAGCAAUAAUAAUAAUGUUACUUGAUUAUUUUGUUGUGCCCUUAAUCCAGAUGGUUGUACAUACAUUAAUAAAUAGUAAAAUAAU